CUAUCAAGUAUCUUUUACCAACCUGUUUGUGACGACACGCGUCUUGCGAAUCACUCGGAACGGAAGCCCAGCCGACUCACCGCACUGAUCUACGGCAUUUUGCCGAUGCUUUCAUCGUUCACCUACAAGUCUCAACACCUAUCGUAACUGAGUAUUGGCAAAGGCGUGCUAUUGGGCGUCAAUCAGCAUUAUGACGUUGGGACGCAGCCGAGCGAGCGCGCUGCUGCAGCGCGCUGCACGCUGUGUGGAGCAAGGACUCUUACCAGAAGCAGCGACCAGCGCUUGCACCACCAGCGGGCGACCAUGGGGCCCCAGCCCUGCGGCAGACGGCCCAAGCACGUCAGCGCAGCUGUCGUCGUGCGGGUGUGCAGCACACGAGCGCAGCCUUCGCUCGCUCAGCCCUCUGGGCGCUUCCACCUCUGCCCCAGCCCCCCUGUCCUCUUCCAUACCGCCCUUCUUCAGCCGCGGAUUCGCCACCUCUUCUGCCGCGGCGCGCAGCGCCGCCUUCCACCCCUCGCAUCCCCAGUUCGCCGCCGCCCAGUCCCAGCAGGCCGCGCCGGAUGACGGUGCCACGCUGGGGGCUCGCGGCCAGUUGCUGGACUCUCUGGCGGCGUGCCUGGGUCUGCAGCACCUGGAUGCGCUGCUGGCGAGGGAGGAGCACAAGGCGCUGUUCGAUGAGAUGCUGCUGCUCCAGGCUCUGGAUGUCGCGUUCCGGCUGUGCAGCAGUAGCGCCGCCAUCACGCCGCAGCUCAGAUCCCUCGAGCCCCAGGACGCGUACCUGGCGCCCUCGUCCCAACAGCAGCAGCAACAGCAGCAGCAGUACGCAAUGAAGUCGGGCGCGGACGCGGCGAGCGACGUGCUGACGCGGCUGAGUGAGGUGUUCAUCCAGCUGCUGUCCACACCGGGCGGGCUGAGUCCGGAGGGCGCCGUGAAGGCGCUGCGCACACUGGCCAUGCUGCGGUUCAACCCCGCAGGCGACUAUGCAGGACUGCAGACCGUGUCAGCCUACUAUCGCGACGUAGUGUUGCCGGCACUGAACCCCGACCCCGCCUCCGGCUGCCCGCCCGAGCUGGCGGUGCGGGCGCCGCAGCUGCUGGCCAAUCUGUACUUUGCCUUCGCGCGCCUGUUCGACUUGGCGGCCAGGCGGGAGCGCGAGCUCCAAGCGCAGCUGCAGGCCGCGGCGCUGGCGGAGGAGGAGGCCGCGGCGCGGCGUGAGGACGACGAGGAGGCGAGUGGCAGCGGCAGCAGCGGUGGCGGUCUGCCGCCCUGGCAGCGUGUGCCCAUGCAGCAGCAGCAGCUGCCGGAGGCGCUGCUGGGCGGCCCCGGCACGGUGGUUGGGGACCGGCAGUUGUACGAGCAGAUCAGCCACCUGCUGCACGGCCCCGGCAACCCCCUGCAGCUGCUGCCCAGCAAGUCUCUGGGCGCGCUGGCUACGGCCAUGUCCACCUCCCGCUUCAUGUACUACCCGCUGGCCAUGUCCAUCGCGCACGCGGUGGUGCUGCGGCUGCAGACCGCGGCGCCGGCGGUGGGGCCGCCGGGGGCGCUGGACAUGGGCAGUGUGGGGCUGCAGGACCGCGCGGACGCCAUCCCCGCCUCCACGCUGUCCAACAUCCUGUCCUGCCUCACCAAGAGCGGCUUCGAGGCGGAGGCGCUGUGCGACGCCGCAGCCAACUGGAUGUCGCGGCACAUGGGCCGCCCGGGCGCCUCGGGACACGCGCUGGUGGCGCCGCACCACAUCGUGGACGUGGCGGCGGCGUUCGCGCGCGUCAAGUAUGAGAACUUCGACUUUCUGGAGCGCGCGGCGGACGCCCUGACGCCCAAGCUGCCGCAGUCGUCGCCCAACGCCGUGUCCCUCAUGGUGUGGGCGGUGGGCAACAGCAAGGCCGGCCGCUCGCCCCGCUUCGAGCCGCUGCUGAGCGCCCUAGCCCAGCGCCUGGUGGCCAUGCACCGCAACAGCCGCCUCAGCACGCUGCCGGCUACAGCCAUGGACACCGGCAGUAGCACGGAUGGCGGCUUUGGCAGUGGCGGCGGCGGCGGCGCCGGCGGCGGUGGGGCGCAGGUGGUGCCGCGUCACCUUGCUACAGCCGUGUUUGCGAUGGGCCGGCUGGGGCUGCUACAGCCGCUGCUGAUGGACUGUGUGGCCGGGGAUGUGGUGGCGCGGCCGGACAGCUACACCUCGCGGCAGCUGGCCAACGUGCUGCGCGCCUUCACGCUGCUGGACUGCUACCGGCCCGACAUGUUCGAGGUGGCGGCGGGCGUGCUGCGGGCCCGGCUGGCGGCGCAGGCGGCGCAGGCGCAGGCGGCGGGGCUGCUGACGGGCUCGGCGGAGCUGCAGGUGCCGUUGCCGCUGUUGUUCACGCCGCAGAACUAUGCCGACAUCGCCUGGAGCGUGGCGCUGGCGGGGCACGCGCCGCAGGCGCCGGAGCUGAUGCAAAUCCUAGCAGACAGGGUGACGGAGGUGGCGCCGCGCCUGGGCAAGGCGUGUCUGGUGCGGGCGGCGCAGGCGUUCGCGGUGGCGGGCAUCACGCAGCCGCAGGUGUACGAGGCAAUCACCGAGUCUGCCCGGCCGCUGCUGGCGGACCUGGGCCCCGCCUACCUGGCCACGCUGGUGGACGCAGUGGCGGAGGUGGCGGUGCCGGUCAGCGAGCCCUUCUGGCUGGCCUGCAUGCAGGCUGCCGCUGCCAAGGUGGACCACCUGCAGCGCCCCCGCGCCGACAUGCAGUCCGCCGCCGCCCGCCUGCUGCGAGCCUUCCGCCGCCACCCCGCCACCGCCGCUUUCGCCUCGACGCGCGAGCACUAUGUCAUGCCGCAGCUGGAGCAGGUGCUGGUGCAGCCGGCCGCGUACUGAGAGCACACCCACACGCGCACAUGCUGCUACUGAGCUUAAGAGCUGGUGCGCUGUGCGCUGAUGUGCGCUAUGGUGCGGCUUGCGUGGUUGGCUUCGGUGCUGCAGUGGUGUGGUGCAGCUUAGGCGGCUGGUGGGCGUUGUUAUUGCUUAAUAAUAGCGGACUAUAUGGUCGAAUGGUGAAUGGUUUAUGGGUGCUGAGGCAGCCUGAGCCCACCGCAGCAGCGGACUGCUGUUAAGGCACGGGC